AUCCUGCAGCUAGAGUUGUAAAUGCUUUCUGUGCUGUCGGUUUGAUUGUGGAGUUUUUUUAUCCUGAGAGACAAAUAACUAUCCUGUUUUCCUUCACAACAGUGGCUCCAGUGAACUGGGGUGAAGCUCCCUCCAGUACCCGGCCAGCGGUGCAGAUGUCCGGCUUCGACCUGCUCCCGGUGGACGGUGGCGGCGGGGAACCAAUCCACCUUCCUCCGGGGGAAACGGUGCUGGGCAGGGGGCCCUUACUGGGAGUCAGUGAUAAGAGAGUCUCCAGACUUCACGGGCUGCUGGAGAACCUGAACGGACAGCUGCGCCUCAAACCGACCCACCUGAACCCGUGCUUCGUUCAGUCGUUGCUGUCGGACGACCCUCGCCCUCUGCAGAGAGACGUCUGGUUCUCUCUUCAGGAUGGAGAUUUAUUCUCGCUGAUGCCGGGUCAGUUUAUCUACAGGGUGGUGGCCGUGGGCGGAGGAGACCGCACUCCCAGGAACAGUCAGAUGUUUGAAGAAGCAGAAAAAGAAGAAGAGGAGGAGCGUCUUGUUUCUCCUGAGCCAGAUGUUGAACCUCCUCCUGCUGUUGGACAGUCUCUUCCUCAGGAGGAGUCGACACCAGCAGCUCCGUCAGAACAGCAGGAAGCCGGCAAAAGAAGUUUAACAAAGGGAGAUUCUGCACAACCAAAAGAAGAAGAAGACAAACAAAAUGUCGUCUCUCCGUCUGUAACCAGGACAAGAGUUUUACCCGCCUGGAUGAUGGCGGCAGCAGCAGCUUCACAAAGCGCCUCCUCCUCCUCCUCCUCCUCCUACAUCCCCAAAGCUUUAAAGAGAGGUAAAGGACCUUCAACCAGCACUAAAGGACCUUCAACCAGCUCUGAAGGACCUUCAACCAGCUCUAAAGGAUCUUCAUCCAGCACUAAAGGAUCUUCAUCCAGCACUAAAGGAUCUUCAUCCAGCACUAAAGGAUCUUCAACCAGCUCUGAAGGACCUUCAUCCAGCACUAAAGGACCUUCAACCAGCUCUGAAGGACCUUCAUCCAGCACUAAACCAGCAAAACAGGCCACGCCCACCAAGACCUCCUCAUCUGAAGAGGAGCUCAGCGAGGAGGAAAUGCCGAAGAAGAGAAGGAGGAAGAUGAGUGAUGAAGAGCAGGAAGCCACUCAGUCUAAAACAGGACAAUACGUUUACGUCUUUGUCCGUUCUCAGGAUGUUCCUUCAGAGCAGCCUUCAGGUCGUCUUCAGAGCGAAUCCAACAGAUCUGGGAUCAGCGACGAGUCUGACGGCUUCCCUAUGGAGGAGGACGAGGAGGAAGGAGGAGCAGGAACAUCUGCAGCAAACACCGAAACACAGCCGAGUAAAAUCAGUCAAUCUGAGGACGAGGAGAAGAAGAUGAAGAAUGGACGACAGCAGACUAAACGAGCAGAUGCCAGACUCAGGACGCCGUGUCCGUACGGGAAGAACUGCUACAGGAAGAACCCGAUGCAUUUCCAGGAGAGCAGCCACCCCGGAGACACCGACUACGAGGAGGAGGAGGAAGAGGAGGAAGAUGAGACACAGGAGGAAGACUUACCCGAGUGUCCUUUUGGCACCGACUGCUACAGGAAAAAUCCACUUCACAGGAAAGAAUACAAACACACAAAGAAGCCAGCUCGCUCUACCCGCACCGUCCACAAAAAGGUCGGCGGUGAUGAGGAUGAUGAUGAUGAAGAGGACGAGUACAACGACAGCUUCAUCGAUGACGACAGCGAGGAUGCGGGCGAUGACUCAGACUACACACCUCCUGUUUCUGACGACAGCGGUAAGGAGGACAUCAAGGAGUUACAGAAGGAGGCAAAGACCUUCAUGAAGACGAGGAAAUAAAUACACAACGUCUUGAUUUUUGUUGUUUGUUUGUUUUUAAGCUGAACCAGACGGAUAAAGUGUAAAUACAGAUUCAUGUAAAGGCGGUAAAGUGUCCCAAAAAUGACAGAUAAAGUUCUAAAUGCAGAUAUUAAUGUAAAGUGUCCCAAAAAUGCUGGUGUUUGUAUCUGAUCCUCACUUUUAAUAAAAUGCAAUUUAUGUUAGUGUUGAGUUUAUAGAAUCUGGUCCCAACUGAUCUGUCGAAAUCCAACAAAAAGCCGUCCUUAAAACCAUUUUUUCUGCUUUUAAAUCUUAUUUUAGAUUAUCCUGUAUUCUGUCCUCAACAUCAGAAUUUAACAAGAACACAAAUCAGAUGUUUUCUCAGCUCAGAUGUGAUGAAAUCUAAGCCAUGCAUUCAGAAACGUUGAUAUGUGCAACUAUCAAAACCCUGAAGUCAUUCUUCAGGUGAUGCAUUUAUGUCUUCCUCUUGCUCUCUUCGUCUUUAUUUUUGUUUUCCUUCUUCCCAAAAGUAGAACAUUAGAGAGCUGAUUUCAAAAUGCCCUUAUCUACGUCCACAGGUCUCAUCUAUAAGGGGAAAACCAUCCAAAAGCUGUCCUUGAAACCAAAUUCUCUCCCCCAUACCUCAGUUAGCACCUUUUGAUUUAAUUAGUUUUCUGUCCCUAACAUCACAUUUAGCAAGAACACAAAUCAAGGGUUAAUAAGCUCAGAAAUCUUGUAAAUCAAUUAAUUUAGUCCUUUAUACAACUAGCAAAACAACCUAAUACAGCCUCGGUCCUAAGCAUUUUAUAUUCACACAUUAUGUCAAAAAAGAUCAUUUUAAAAUGCACUCAAGUGCUCACGUAGUAGCUGAAAACUGUCCCUAAGCUGCCCCUGAAACCAAAUGUUCUCCCUAAACCAUUAGCUUUUAGCAACUAUAAUUACUCUGUACGUUAGCAUCUAACCGGAACCUGAAGUCACUCAGCUUCAGAAAACCUUUUAUUUUGUCCCACGGUCCCACGGGCCGUAAGGCAGCUGUCGUCAUAUUGACCUCAAACUAAACAGUGGACUGCAUUAAUACAAGUUUCUGCCUGAAAAAUAUCCCUCUUGCAGCUUUGAAUCUAUGUUUAAUUAAUAAAUGUUUGAAGUGAAAUACACAAGUUAAGGGCAAACUACUAACUGUUCUUUCUAAAGCACUGAAAACGCUAUAAAGCUUGGGAUUAGUCCAUUUUAAUUGUAUUUUUUAUAAGGUUUAUUAUUUUGUUUAAGUGUUUUUCUCAGGUGAAGCUCCAUCUCUUCCUGUCUGGGAUUGAUUUUACUUGUGUAAAUAUGUACAAUUAAGGAGUAGAUCUCUUAUAAUUGUUACUCUAAUAUGUUCUUAUCCUUUUUGAAUACAUUUAUUGAAAACAAAAAAA